AUGGCCGAUCUCACCACCAUACUUGGUACGGACAGGUUCCCGCCAGUCUUUAAUGCCAUCACUGCGCACCUCACUAUCCAAGACAUAAUCGCACUCACUCGCACUUGCCGCGCACUCACGCCUCUGUACCAGAAGCUGGUCAACAGGGGCGCCUGGGACAUCAAUGACCGACUCAAAAGAUUCGUCGAUGACCCGCUUGGGUUCAGAAAGAGACUGGCGGAGGUUGAUGGAAUCAUCUCCGGAAGCUUUGCUUUGCAGUUCCUGGAUCGCGUCCAUUGGGAUGGCUCGGACCUAGAUGUCUGUGUGCAGGUUGGAGAAAAAGCGGAUGCGUUUUGUCGCUACAUGGAGGAAGUCGAAGGAUAUGAUCUUGCUUCUCGUAAGGUCGGAAAGUACAACUGGACUCAUGUCGACAUGGUUCAUCAGUACGACAAGGAUGUCGACGGCGAGCUUGUCAGGUUGGAAAUCAUCUUGACUCAUCAGCAUCCCAUUCACUCUACUCUAUCGACUUACACGACUGCAUUGGUCAAUGUCAUCACAGACAAUCACGCAUACAGCAUCUUUCCACACGCUACCUUCACCAAACGCCAGUCAUAUCCUACCCGCAUACCAGACUACUUCAACGGCGUCAUCCUUACCCAAAAGUACAAAGACAGAGGUUGGCAAUUCAUCCAGCGGGUUCCCAAGAAGAACAGAGUGACUGCAGAGCUGGAUUUGGGAAGGCGUCGCAUUGGUGACAAGCAUACUUGGAAGAUGGCGUUGUCGCCAAUUUCGGAUGAGGCAGCAGAUGAUGCAGCAGGAGCAGUGGAAGGACUCGAGUUUGAGAUGACCAAGUGCCAGGGUUUCUAUGACGAGUUCCAACUCGAAUGGUUGGGCGUAGCAGCCACACAAAAGGUUGAUUGA